GCGGUGACGUGCUUCGCUUAGGAAGAGUGACGGUGCAGCAGUCAGCGUGAGCCUCGCCUAUUAUUGUGAUAACAAUAAAAGACAACAAAACGCAUCGUUUGUGCAGUGUGGAAGAAAACGGGCUAAAAAAGCCAGUCAUCAUGACCGAGGCUUCUAAAACACAUGUCAUCUUAUUGUCCUGUGGCAGCUUUAACCCCAUCACCAAAGGACAUAUUUAUAUGUUCGAAAAAGCCAGAGAUUAUCUGCACAAGACAGGCCGUUUCAUCGUCAUCGGUGGUAUCAUCUCCCCAGUCCAUGACACUUAUGGGAAACCGGGUCUGGUCUCCAGCCGGCACCGUCUCACUAUGUGUCAGCUAGCAGUUGAGUCAUCUGACUGGAUAAGGGUAGACCCAUGGGAGUGCUACCAGGACUCCUGGAAAACCACAUGCUGUGUGCUGGAACAUCACCGUGACCUCAUGAAGAGAGUGACAGGAUGUAUUCUUUCCAACGUCAAUUCUCCAUCCACAACACCUGUGAUUGGUCAGCCACAGAACGAGACCAGUCCCAUCUACCAGAACUCCAAGCCAAACAACAAGCCUACAGCUUUAAAGUUUUGGGGGAAGAUGAGUGAAAGCCUAGGAAGAAUCUGCUGCGUCCGUCCUCACAAUGAGCGUUUCUCCUUUGUGGAUGAGAAUGCCAACCUUGGCACUGCAGUUCGUUAUGAAGAAAUUGAGCUGCGAAUCCUGCUGCUUUGCGGGAGUGACCUGCUGGAGUCCUUCUGUAUCCCUGGGCUGUGGGACAGCAGUGAUAUGGACGUUAUCGUGGGGGAUUUUGGCAUCGUUGUCGUGCCCCGUGACGGCACUGAUUCAGAAAGCAUUAUGAACCAUUCUCCUGUGCUCCGCAAGUACAAGGAUAACAUCAUCGUGGUCAAAGAUGACAUCAACCACCCAAUGUCUGUUGUCAGUUCUACAAAGUGCAGGUUAGCUCUUCAGCAUGGAGACGGGCAUGUGUUGGACUACCUGAGUCAGCCAGUCAUCGACUACAUUCUAAAGUGCCAGCUCUACAUCAACACUUCUGGAUAGAACGCCCUCUGCUGGAGCUGGAGUUCAAUUGCCAUAAAUUUCUCUUCCGUCUGUUUUAUUGUGCAUAAGUUCCUCUAUCCUUUGCUUUUCUGUGUGCAGGUCCAGUCAAUGUCUAUGAACUUGUGGACUCUUACCAAUGUUUUUUUUCUCCUCAACUGUGCAGGAAGGCAUGUAUUGCAGUUGUGAGGCUGUAAAUGAGGAACGAAGUUUUUAACAUGCAUGUAAAAAGUGCAGAGGAGAGAAGAGCAUUACCUUUAGUGAUGAAUUGUUGACCACUGUCACUGUUAAAUAUGGUCUCUCCUGCAAUUGCAUGCUUGGACACCUUCAUUUGGCAUGUACCUUUACUUGUAAAGUAGAAUAUAGUCUGUAGUGAUUCUAUUAGCAUUGAACUGCUACAAAGUCAGAGUCUGUGCUCCAGAAGAACAUAUAUCUUAAGUUCGCCGUUAACUUUGUGUAGUGUGUGGCAUGCCUGUAUUUUUUCCUUAUGAAUCCAAGGCAUAUUUUAUGUAGGUAUUAAUCAAUUUUUAUUACCGAUCUCUGAAUAAGAAUGUAAGUUUAAGAGCAAAAGUGUUGUCUCAGUUUAUAGAGUGCCUUUUGUCAUUAUGAGUAUUUAUUUGUUGAUUUGUUUGUUUAUUUAGAGGUAACGCAACUCAGUCACAUGGAUCGCUGUCAAAAGUCCCUUGACUUUUUGAAAUGUGUGAUGCAGCUUUUUUCUUUUUUUUGCUGAGUUCAAAUCAAAUAUUCAUGCCCAUCAGAGGCAAAGCUGUGCAAAGAUAACUUAAUCCAAAAGCAUUUUAAACUCCGUCCUCCAUUUUCAGUGGUGUUGAUCAGCGAGAUCCUAUGCUAGCCAGUAUCACUUUAUUUGGGCUCAUUUUCAAACACCUUAUAUCCUAAGUCAAACAGAACAAUUAUUUACAUUUCAUUAUUUUGCAGUUAAAACAAGGAUUCUUUUAAUUUUUUAAUACUGACUAUGGAUGACAUGGAUGUUUGGCACAUAUUCACCUGUAUGCCAUUCAUCAUAGAUCAGAGUGGACUAAAUGCAAGCAUUGUUGACCUGCAGUGUUUGAACAAAAAAACCCAUAUUUUUCAGUAAAAACGUUAUAAAUUGUAUAUGUUUAAAUAUAUAUUGUUUGCUUGGCUGGGGAAAAAAAUUGACAUAAGCAUUGAAUGAACAGCUUGGAAAGCAA